AGGAUGGGGUGGGGGUGGGGGGUAGCCAAUAGGAUAACUCACUUCGAAUUCACUGCAGAAAUAAUAUAGAAACCUGUGUAAUUGAAAUAUGCUUAGCAUUGUUUAGGGUAAACAUAAUGAUGCACGCCUUUUAGUAUGGACUCCGUGGAUUGCCAGCUGAAAGCCGAAGAUGAGCAGUUGAUUGAUAUAGUACAUACAGGAAAUCAAUUUGUAUUUAGUCGAACCUAUGCUCGAAAACAGCACGCUUCGCUGAACGGUCACAGUAUAGACAUAGUUUUCUAUCCUGUAUCCAUAUGGUACAUAUCUUUGUAAUGAUGAAAAUAUACAGAUUUAAGACAUGGACUGUUAAGAACGAUUGGGUGAUUACAGUUCUUGACCAGUGUUAAAUGUAGCAUUCCUGCCCUAGAAUAUGUCUACUUGCUCAAGUGAUAAAUGCAUUCUACAUCCAUGUUUAUCAAAACCAGAAGAUACAUAUAUAAUCAUAUUUUAUAUUUGCUAGUCACGGGUAGGCUGAAACAUUGAAAUUAAAUACAAAGCGUGUCACAAAGAUUUGUCGGUGGAACGACAUAUCUAUCCACCACCCCAGCUCACCUGAGUACCCCAUAAAACUGACCGCUAUCGUUUAGACCUAAGUGAAACAUUCUUGAAUACAGGAUGAUACAGCAAAAUAAAUAAAUAAUGUCUCACGGCACUUGGUAACUGAACGUAUCUGUUCGCAGAUUUACCGGCACAUUUAAGAAGAGAAAACGUGAAAAUUCCUUGGUGGUGUUCUCGUUUCCGUGGCGGUACAAAACAAUCAACGAAUGUGCACUUUUACCACCUCGAUUACUAUACACGCACAAAACAUUAUACCCAUUUCUACAGUAUAUGGUGGCAAAUUCAAGCUUCUUCAUGCAAUAUUUUUUAAAACGUUCAAUAUAAACUGUUUCAAAUACGCACAAUGCUCUAUUUCGUAUAGUCUUACAUGACUAAAAUAUAUUGAAGCAUAUGUGCGUCGGCUUAUGGUCUGCAGCUAUAGACCGUAAAUAUGCCAUGUAACCUACAUACAUCAUUUCGUUGUAUUGUUUUGUCAUAGCAGUUACAGAGGUGUGGAAAAUUCUCCACACUCACAUAUUUUAAAAAAGAAUUUAACGGAGGUUUACCUCCGUACCUCCAUGAUUGAAUAAAACGGAAGCUUAUUCAGAUAACGCCUAUAGUUAACCCAGUCUGUUAAUUAGGCUACGAGAUAGCAAACAAAUUAUAACUUUAUAGACUUUACUAAAUAGGAAUAGUCAGUCCUAUAAUAUAUAGGUAAUGAAGUUCGUAAAGAAGAUCUUCACUACAUACAAAGUAGCCCAUAUGUGGACAGUUUGAAGCAAUCGCAAAUCUAACUCUAAGGGGAGACAACCCAUCUGAAUUUCAUAGGUGGUUUUGAGGGGGAAUACCCUACUUAGUCACGUCUUGCAAUAGGAAUGAUGAAAGAACUCGCAAUGUCAGUCUGUGAAGUGAAGACCGGCGGUACAAGACAUAUGAGACAAUUACUCCCUCGCCAGCAACUGUCCAAGCGAAGAUUGUAUGAUUUGUGUUGUUAGUGGUGAUGGGACCAAUGACAGGGACGACAAGGGUUCGGCACUGUGCCUCGAAAAAUGGAACGCCCUGGUACUGGAAUGAGAUAGAAAAGAGAUGUGAAACAUGCUCGUUAAAUGUGUGUAAGAUGUCUAGAUAUCUCCCUGAGGCUUGCCGGUGUUUUUGUAAGAACGAAUGGCCCAGCGGUGAAUACCCUGUGAUGGAAAGAGAAUGUGGAGAUGCCACUCCUAUGCCCACGAACGAAGGUGGGUUAUCAUCAGAACACAGCGUACCUGUAUGGGUGGUAGUCCUGAUAGCCCUGUUUGUAAUCGGCAUAGGUCUGGUGGUUUUACUGGUGAAGAGGAAAAUAAUUAAGUCCAAAAUUACGAAGUACUGCCGAAAACAGUCUGUGUCCACAAUUACUGGGGUAACCUCUGAAGGCUGGAUACCUCCAUCUGCCAGUGGUCAGCCCACUGGAAACGCCCGUGAAGAGGCUCCCUUCAUUGAGCCACCCAUGUUGAAAAUCCGUCUGACAAGACCCACUCAACCUGAGAACCGCCCCACUCAGGCUACUGAAGACAACACUAAAGGAGAAGAAACGACAGCAAAGACGUCCUUGAUUGAGCCCAGUGAGGAAGAGAGUCGAAUACAGCGUGUGCCUCGUCAGACAGUGGGUCCUUCCUACCCAUCGGAGGGUGCCCCUGGGGGAAAGUACAAUCUCAUUCAUCAAGAUAACACUGCCGACAUACAGGAGCACCAUCAUGAUUAAGGUUAACGAUCUCACCCAUUAUUAACCCAUCCAAAGAUGAAAUGAACAAAGGAAGAAAAGAUCAGAGAAGAACUGGACUGUUUGCAUUUGCUGAGAACAUCACUGCCUGAUUCAGCUCAGUCAGAUUUAGGACAUUGAUGUUUCAUUUUCAUUUCAGUAGUUGUCCUCUUGACUGUUCGCCAAAUAGGUUAAAUACAUUAAUUCAUUUUGCGGUAUUAUGUGCACAGGAUGUUCUCGUUACUUUGCAGUAUUGCCCAAGUGACGUUUAACCAUAAUCAUUCAUCCAGUUAACCAUUCUUUGGCAUACAGCUUAUGGAUUCGUGUGUGCGUCUGUCGCCAGAUUAUGUUACAUAUAAAUAUUUUUUUCUAAGAAUUCAUCCUCGUUAUCUAGUAAUAGAGCUGAUCUAUAAGGGCGUGCAUGGGGUAUUUCUCUUGCUACAGGUCAAUUGAUUGUCGGAUAUUAUGAAAUUAUUCAGUGUAAUUGGUGUGUUUGUUAUCAUUUUGAGUGAUGCUGAUUAUAUUUAUUUUCUAAGGAUUUAAUGGAUAACAACAGCCUGACCCGAAUUACGUAUCGAUUUUACGGAAAUAUUAUAAUACAGUACUUCUAUAUAUACAAUCUCACGUCUGUCAAAAUUAAAUUUUUUACAGAAGUUACAAAGAGUAUACAACCAUGUUGUUGGACCGCAAAAUAUGUCCUGGUUUAUUGGUUAUUUACAAGUUUUGUCAAAAAGGAGAUACAAGACAUUUCCUUUAAUAGGAAAUUAAUAGGGAAUUUAAACUAAAAGAACAAGUGUAGGCUCCUGUCCAGAAAUUGUAAAACUAUUGCACCAGUCCUAGCCUCUUCAUAAAUAUUUCACAGACGUAAGAAAGGACCUCGUAUUGUAAGGAAGGGAAUAGGCCCCAGUGCAAGAAUCUGUGCACCUCAAGAAGCGAAAAUGACCAUAGCUCUCAGUCACAGCUGCUGACACACUCGUAAGGCUGCUUCUUUUUUUAGUUCUGUUUAACUCUUUUCUUUUCUUGUUGUAUGGCAAGCAUGUGGCUUAUAAAGCUUCAAACAUGCACUGAAGGUAUCAUUAACGAUUUUAUCUCCUUUCAUACAAGCCAUAAAUUCGAAAAAUGGUAGCUUGGUACAGUCACAUUGAAAUAUCUUUUUUUGCGUUACACCACAAAUGUAACUUUCUGAAAAAUUCUUCAGCAUGUAUGUUGCAAUGCACUCAUUAAAGUUUCAGUAAAGAUAUGUUUUUGGUUAACGUUGAUCUUUAUACUGUAAAUAAAAAAGGGCCUCGUUUGACCGAAAAAUGGGCCAUUUAGAUCGAGAGCGCAUUUUUGGCGGCUUACUGCUAAGCAACCAUCUCUUUUAUGGCCAAAUAAGUUUUAUGAGUUCUCCGACCAAGCUUUAAACGUCGGAUUUGGAAAUUUAUAAGACUGUGCUGGGAUUUUGAAAUUUGCACUUUCUUAUCUUGCAUCUGUAGGGCCGAUUAUCCACCUUAACGUGCCAGGUCCUUUAGGGAUUGUAGUGGGAUCUGUUACUGCUGUAUCACAGACACUGGGGAUUUGGGGGGCUUCCAAUGUAUAGUCUGUGUAUAUACACGUGGUACUGUUAUACAUAUAAGCGUCAUGUCCGACAUUCGUAUACCAUUCGUAGUCCGUAAAGGGCGUUCCAAGUCGAUAAUCGCUAAAUCCAUUUCCAAAAUAACGUUUAACACUAGCUCCCAAAGACAAAGUUAUGUAAGAAAGUAAACAAAUAGGAAAUAAAGCCGGAAACACACAAGAGAAAAGCGGUCAUCAGUAUUCAAUGAUGCCGGACAGACAGUGGAAAUUCCAGGCAUGAAAUCCAUAUUAAAGUUCAAAUUUGUAGUCCGUGAAUGAGUUGCAGGUCAAAUAACAAUUAAACAAGGUAUCUCAGUCGCGCUUUGAUUGCAACUGUCCAUAAAGAUGUAAUGAGCAUAUGAAAACAGGUAUAGGUCUGCCAAAAGAGGCGCACAAUUUGACCCACUGGAAUACCUGUGCACUGUUGGUAAAUGGCAUCCCCGAAUUUCACAUAGAUGUUAUUAAUGAGAAAUUCAAGUAAUUCAAUAAAUGGUGUAACAUCCCAUGAGUGGUAACCUUUAUAAAUAGUAGAACUAAAGAAAGCCUUAUUGUUUCUGACGUUAAUGUAACGGUGACAUGUUUUAUUAAAUACCGAGACAAUUAACACCGAUAUUCUUUCAAUAAGAUCUUUGUGAGGAAAUGUAGUAUAGAGAGUAGAGAAAUCCCAUGUGGAUACGUCUUUGUACGGUAUAUGCAUAUGAGCAUCAAGUUCUUCUGUAGGACGUUAUGAGUUGUUAAGAAUCCACAUGCAGUUGACACCUGAGUUUUUUGUUAUGGCACAAUACUUAGUCCAAAAUGAAUUUCCUUCUUGUAAUGCUCUCGUAAGUAGGGUCGACAAGAGUUUGGUGGUACAACUUCUUGAACCCGCAAUAAAUCGAGCUUUGUAAGGGGAUUUAUGCAUUCCAGGAACCCAGCAAAGCUAUUGCAUUUCUGUAUGAGAGGCAGGUAUACCUAUGCGCCUUUCUCCAAGAAAGGCCCCGUGCACAUCAAACAGCUCUCCCAGAGCAUCACAUGUAGCAGCAGAAUACGCGGAUGGCAUCGUAGAUGCACAUGGCUCCUGAACAAGAAUCUAACAACAACUCCCGCAAACAAAGAUGACAUCACUAGGAGCCCUGUCUGCCACAGUGAUGACAAAUUCACCAUGAAGGUCAGCGAGUGUCCCCUGCACAGUGGGGCGCCCCGAACCCGUCCAACCUCAGGUAGAGCAUCAAUGUCCACAUGGUGCAUAGCUAAACUAACCUUUUUUUUUGACAAUCUCGAGCCAAGAAUCCACUUUCUCCUGUUUUGACCAUUUUUAACAUAUUCCUCAAGUGCCGAGAUGAUAUUUUUUUGUUAGAUCGAAUACUGACAUUUUUCUUUUCUCUAUACAUUGGGCCUCUCACAAAGAGAAUUCCUUAAAACCGAAUCACAGUCACUGAAUUAAGGGAUUGAGGGACUGUAAUUUAAUCUGCAUAUACAGUGUAUAUAUACACACGGUACUGUUACAAUCACUGAAUUAAUGGAUUUAGGGACUAAUUAAGUCUGCAUGCCUUUACACAUGCCACUGUUACAGUCAUUGUAUGGAGUAAGAGAUUUUGGGUGUGUAAUUUACAUAUACAUGCAUAUAGUCUUUCUUUACUCGAGGCAGUGUAAAGAUCAAUGAGGGAAGAUUACAGGAAAUGGGAUGAAGUAUACAGGGAAUAAUCCAUGGUUGAAUAAGAGUCAAAAGGGUGAAAACAAAGAGAGUGUAAUCUGUUGAGUUGCCUGUAAAUACCUGUGGACAACUGUGAUCUAUACACCACUGUCUUUUUUCGCUUUGCAGAGAGAUUACCAUAAGUCUUCAAACUCACAGUACGAGUAUGAUAUUAUUAAAUAAGCAUGUAAUAUAUUAAAAACUAUAAGGCCAGGAUGCAAAUAUGUGCAUAGUGAAACAGUGAGAUUGUUUGGGAAUUAAAUCCACAUUUAUAUUUUUGAUAUUUUCAGAACGAUGUGUCUGUUAAAUAAAGGAGAAGAAAAUUUAAAUAUCUUUCAAAUACCAUUGAAAAGAGUAUGCAUGUCCUCGCAGGUGCAUGCCAUAAAAAAUUCCAAUGUGUACCUCAAGUUGAUAAAUUAUAGUCAGCACCAAAAUCCGCAGUGGGCGACUAGAUUUUGCCUAAGAACUAGUCCUGAAGUCUUCUUUGUUAGGAGAAUUGCCGUUGGAAACCCCCGAAGUGCAGUUCGUACAUUUCCGGUGGAACUCUUCUUCCCAGAAGGUUUCCGAACAGUACAGUUCGUUUUCCGCUUGACGAUCGGGAAACUGGAAUGUUGGACGUGGGUUCCAAGUUUACACGAACAAGGCGGCAGUUUUAACAACUCUCAUUGGCUGAGAAGCAACACACCCCCAGCAUAAAUUACAGGGUGUUAAUGAUGGAGGACGUGAUGGACUCGGCGAUUUAUGCCAGCUUUGCCGUUUUCAGGCUUUACGUGUAUGGCGAAAAAAAAUCGCAAAAUGAUGCGGCAGGCACCACCAGAUAGAAAAAAAUGUGCUCUUUUCAGGCUGUGGUGUCAUGUUUUUAAAUUUUCUUCUCCUUUAAAAGUUAUUUCAUGGAGACGGAAAGAGUUGCCUUGCGUACAUAUGGUAUAAAUUUUGAAUUUACUUCAUUGUAAAAGUGGCGCGAAAGAUGCAUUUGUGAUAAAAGAAAAAUAAAUUUAUAUCUUCACAUUUUGACUGUCUGUUUUUUUUUACUUCACAUUUACUGCCUAAUUGAUUGUUUAUGAUAUAAUCACUUGAAUGUUCUCAAAAAACUGCACAUCGUUAUAUACAUUCGCAAUGUUUUGAUUCAUUCUUAAUUCGUUUGCACAGGCUACAGGCUUAGCUUGUCAUAGCCCUAUCAUCGGUGUCCAAUAACAUGCAGGGAAAAUAAUGUUAAACAAAAUGCAGUGGUAUUUAAGAUACGGCAUAUUUUGAGCUCAAGUUUUACACGCAUGUAUAGAGCACAAUAACACGAAGGGUAUGAUAUUGUUGUGUGGAAACUAAUUGCUCUAAAUUACAAAAUUCACGACUUUUGUAUUGUGUAUUUAUAAGAAUCAAUGUUAAAGUAAAUGUAUAUGGGGGGAUAACUCCAACAGUAAUGCAUGUAUAUCGAUCUGAAAUUUUACGUGCAUAUAAAACACAAUGACUCGAGGGAAAUGUUCCAUCGCUAAUGCUCGGUGUGCUUACUGAUUACCGUAAAUCACCAAGUUCAAGAUUUCAGUACUUCAUGUACUGAGCUUAAGUUUUGCAUUCAUGUGUGCCCUACGGGCAAGCUUUUUAUAGCCUUGUUACCGAAUGUACCUAUUUGUUUGCUUACUGAAUGAAACUACAUGCAUAUAUAUUGCAUGGAACAUGCAUGAAUGCAUGUAAGCAAAACCUUUAAUCAUAUAGAAGAUGGGUUAACAGGUUAUCACAUGGAUGCAAAAAUAAAGUUCUGGUGCAUGCAUGUAUAUGCUUACGUUUAUGAAAAGUCCAUGUCACAUGCAUGGCUUAUUUCAGAAAUACUGCCGGCAAUAUGUGAGAUGAACGUCACACAGGU